AGUUUGUUAAUUCUGUGACAGAUCUGGGACCCUGCAAUUUGGCUUCAAAGAGAGAAAACUUGGUGAAAAAUUCCAAAUUUGUGAGUUUUUCAUUUCUGGGUUGCAAAUUAAAAACUGAAAAAAGGACGUUGAUUGCAAUUAAUGGAGGAUUCGAGUAACACUGAUGGAGGAGAGACACGAAAUCAGACAAUACCUUCCACUUCUUCAACAAUAACCUCCGAUGGUUACCGUUUGUUUGGUCGUCAAGGUUCACUUCACCAGUUUUUGCGUGGUGGUAAAGGGGCUGAUAUUCUCUCAUGGAAGCAGCAGCAUGUUUCUUUUGGUGUCAUUGUUGUUGCUACUGUUGCUUGGUUCAUAUUUGAGUGGUCUGGCUUACCAUUCUUAUCCAUUUGUUCAAAUGUCUUGCUGAUAUUAAUUGUAUUGUUGUUUGUUAAUGCCAACUAUGCUGCUUAUAGAAUCAGACAACUACAAACAUUACCCGAACUUGUAUUGUCAGAAGAACUGGUUAAUAAUGCUGCAGCGUCAUUUCGUGUUAAAAUCAAUAGUGUGCUUCUUAUGGCUCGUGAUAGAACUCUUGGCAAGGAUUUUCGAGUUUUUUUCAAGGUUGUGAUUUGUCUAUGGCUUUUGUCUGCCAUUGGUAGCUAUUGCUCUUUCUUCACACUUGCCUAUAUUGGAGCCAUUUUAUCUAUUACUCUUCCUGCCUUCUACAGCAAAUAUGAAGAACAUGUGGAUAAAUGCUGUGGAAUUAUCCACCGAAAAUUUUCCCAAAACUAUAAGAUAGUUGAUGACAGUGUGAUUAACAGAAUCCCCCAGUUUUUAUCCAAAGAUAAAGACGUCUAAGUCACACAGAUUACAUAGAGGUUACAACUGAAAAUGCUGGCUCUUUAGCUUUCAGUGACUGAUACAAACACGCUAAUGUUUUGCUUCACUUUAAAUGAAAGAGGAUUUUUAUCUGUUAUGUUAUCUACAUGUUUCACUAUCAAUUGAGCUGCAACUGUCUGCCAAGUGCUUCUUCAUAUUAGAGUGAAAAGAAAAAGAAGGUUCAGGGGUUUCUACUGAUCUGCUAUUCCAAGAUUCUGCCAGACUCAUUUCUUGUUAUUGAUUCUUGAAAGAGCCUUUAUGGUCUGUGUGGAGCUACUACUUUUGUUGGGUAUGUAGAAUUAGUAAAUGGUAGGGGAGUUGAGCCGAUUGUCAUUAAAAGUUUAAGGUAAUGAGACACCAACUUUAUGUGUUCCCUCAGAAGAGCAUAGCACAUCGGUUUAUUUUGGGAUCUAUUUUUACUAAAUAAAUUUGAAAGGGCAUAGCUAUCGUUUCUUGUUUUAUAUCUUUCAGUUUCCUUGGUGGGUUUUGGAUCGAUGCAACGAUUUGGAAAUCCUGAAAUCUCUUAUGACUUGUAAAAACCUUGUCAAUGUAGGCUGGAUGGUUUGUCUCCUCAACUCCUUCUGUUGCUUAAUGUCUAUUCCUCAAGA